AUGAUCCCCGAGCAGGGAGCUUGUGGACAGCGCCACUGUCGGUUGUCCCUGUUGACAGGUAGCGCGACGCGUACCCCGAGCGAAUGCUUCCUGAUUUCGCCCUUCAGGGCAGCAAGCGGCCGGUCGUUCUCGCUCCGUACUACAGCAGAGUCGGAACGCGUGCAUCUGCGGCCGGUACAGCGUUCGGCGCGCGUGCUAAAACGCACACGCUCUGCUUGCGGAACUUGCGUCAACAGGAGCGUUGCGCACGAACCUCGGCGCUGGACACGCAGGCGCACAAGGCGUCCGUCGAGGCUCGCCCUCGACAGCACACUCCAGCCGGCGGCUGAUUCACUCGUAGUCUUCAUCACUGGGGGCUCCCGUGGUCUCGGCUGGGCGCUGACGAGGGCAUUUGCACAGGGCGGACACCGCGUUGCCGUUUGCGGACGCGAUACGACGCGCCUCGCGGACAUUCGCAGCGAACUCCCGCCAACGCUUCUAUUCGCUCAACGUUGCAACGUAGCGAGUGAAGACGAGUUGGAGUCGUUUGUGGAGUCGGCUUUUUCGUACUUUGGUGAAUCGACCAUGGAUGUGUGGAUUAACAACGCAGGUACUGUUGGCAGACGCGGGAGCGCUGUCGAUGUGCCAGCAGCUGCGCUCCGCGAAGUCAUCGAGACGAACCUUCUCGGAACGAUGCUCGGCUGCCGCACCGCAGCGCUCCACAUGACGCGUGCGCAAAACAAGCAUGGGCAUAUUUUCAAUGUCGACGGUGCGGGUGUCUUUGGCAACGGAACCCCGUACUUUGCUGCGUAUGGUACAACCAAACGUGCCAUGCCGCAGCUGAUGCGCUCCCUUAACAGAGAGCUCGCUGGCACCAAUGUGUCCGUCCACACCAUUUCACCGGGUAUGAUGAUAACGGAUCUUCUGCUCCGUGACUCCACCGCGCAGAUGCGCCUAUUCUUUAACCUUUUGGCGGAGCGACCGGAAACAGUUGCAGCGUUCCUGGUGCCUCGAAUCAUCCAGGUGGCGCGAUCACAGCCACCACUUCGUGGGGCGUACAUCAGGUUCAAGACACUGCCGGGCGCGUUUGCAAGCAUCGCUUGGAACGCGAUCGUGCCCGGGCGUCGGUAUCGUUUCUUUGACCGUCAUGGCAAUCUAGUCGAAGAGGAAUAA